CCGAGCAGAACAAGGAAAGCAGAGACCAAACACAGAGAGCGGGCAACAGGCGACGCCGGGCUGAACGUGGGAAACACAUCACGGGUUGCGCUGUCUAGCAAAAGAAGCAAUUUGCAUUUGUCUCUAGGGACAGGAGCAGCACCACCAGCACACCACAAUCGAUCCGCCGCUGGUUGAUACAUCAGCAUAGAGCAGGCGCGGCAGCAGCAGUAGUAGCAAGCAGCGACAGGAUGAGUCACUUCGUGCGCGCAUCCAAAUACCGUCAUGUGUACGUCGAAUCUCCCAAGGCGGAGGCGUGUUGGACGGGCAUUCCGGUAGCGACGACCCAGGGGGAACAGAGCUACAUCAAGGGAAACACCAAGUAUAUGGCCGUGGCGGUGCAGGGCGGAGGAGGGCCGUUCGCGGUGCUGCCGUACAACAAACCCGGCAGGUUCGUGCGCGGAGGGCCCCUUGUGUCCGGCCACACGGCGUCCGUGCUGGACUUCGAUUUCAAUCCUUUCCACGAGCAGCUGGUUGCCAGUUGCUCGGAGGACUGCACCGUGAAGGUGUGGGGCAUCCCCGAGGACGGCUUCAAGGAGACGGAGACGGAGGCUCUCAUCGACCUGCAGGGCCACGGCCGCAAGGUUACCCUCCUGCGGUUCCACCCCACUGCCAACAACGUGCUGGCAAGCGUGAGCGCCGAUAUGACCGUCAAGCUCUGGGAUAUCGAGGCCGGCAUGAACAUCAACACCCUCUCGGCACACGAGCAGCUGAUCCAGGACAUCGUGUGGGACUACUACGGAAACACGUACGCCACAUCUUGCAAGGACAAGAGCCUCAGGAUCAUCGACGCGAGGUCGCCUCAAGUAGCGCAGUCCGUAGCGAUGGCUCACGAGGGAGCACGUUCCUCCAAGAUCACGUAUCUCGGCACCAAGGAGAAGCUAGUCAGCGUGGGGUUCACGAAGCAGAGUCAGCGGCAGUUCAAGGUGUGGGACCCGCGAAACCUGUCCAAGGAGAUCAAGAAGAUGGAGAUCGACCAGGCGGCAGGCGUGAUCCUUCCCUUCUACGAUGACGAGAGCUCGCUGCUGUACUUGGCGGGCAAGGGAGACGGCAACAUUCGGUAUUACGAGUGUGUGGACGAGAACCCGUGGUGCUUCGCCAUCAGCGAGUUCCGGUCCACCACGGCGGCGAAGGGAAUGGCCAUGAUCCCCAAGCGGGGCCUUAACGUCAUGAAAUGCGAGACGGCGCGGCUGCUCAAGCUCACAUCCAACUCGAUCGAGCCGCUGAGCUUCGUCGUGCCGAGAAAGUCGGAUGCCUUCCAGGACGACUUGUUCCCGCCGUGCUUCUCCGGACAGGCCUCUCACACCGCGGAGGAGUGGGUCAAGGGAUCGGAGAAGGCGCCCAUGAAGAUGGACAUGAGGCCACGAAACCUGGGGGUCUCGCUGGAUCCCGUGGCGGCGGCGGCGGCGGCGGCCAAGAAGAAGAAGGCUUUCGCCCCGCUCAAGAGCUCCAAGGACAUGCAGAAGGACCUCGACGCCGCAAUGGCGCGCGUGGCUCUUUUGGAGAAGGUGAUCAAAGACGCUGGUCUUCGUGUGCCCUAAGCGGGGCGGGAGCUCUGGUCUAGGUGCGGUUCGUCAAGAGUAGACGGAGGGCACGACGGAUGAAGGUUUGGGGGAGGGGGGGGGGAGGAUGGGCGUUGGGUCCGAGCGGGAAACUACGUACUCCCUUGGUUUUCGCUCGUACUUUAGGGGGGAGUUUGCCUGUGCGGGCAAGGGUUGGGCGAGCCAGCAGCUGACACGAGAGCGGACAGAGGCUAGUUUAGUGCGCUCUUGAUGCGGCGUGGUGGCGUUCGGCGGCGAGGUGUAAGGCCCGAGGGAAGCGGGAAGCGAGGGUGUGUGUGGCGGGUGGUGGUGGUGCUGCCCCUUGGUGCUUGGUGUGUGGCCAAUGAGAAGGGGUGAGAAGACUUUUUGCCCUCUUCAUGAUGUAAUGCGGUGAGAGCUGGUUUAGGUUUAUUGUAGUGUGACGGGUGCACGGGGUGGGGGGGGGGUUGGGGGGUGGAUGUUCUGCCAAUGAAAACGUGUGUGGUAUGUCUUGUCGGUCACAACAUAGGGCUCGUUCUAUGGUACGGCUUUGUUUUUUUGCGGCGUGUGACGAGCCAUACUCUUGGAUGCUGAUAAACCAGGCUAGAGACGACAAAGAGAUCAGGUAAGAAAUUUUAACUUGCGAAAUGUGCGGAUGGCAGCAUUUGUCCCGUCUUCCCCCCAUCCCACCCCCAUCGGUGUUUUUUUUUUCCCUCGUGCUGGGGUUCCAAGUUCUGCAUGCCUCGUUCGGUGCUCUUCACUAAGAUAGGGGUUGCCACGUCCGUCUGGCUUGACCUGUUUCUCCUCUCGCUCAUCGUUGAACGAAGUGAGUACGGGUACCGCGAGUGUGGUACGGUCGUGGGGGUGGGGCCUUUGCCGGCAGCAUGUUCGAGCCCGAAACGAUUGCGCUACGCUUACUCGUGGCUGUACGAUCGGUUGUAGGCCUGCCUCCCUCUCUCUCUCUCUCUCUCUCUCUCUCUCUCUCUCCCUUUCCUGAUCUUGGCUGUUUUGUGGAGGGUCGGGGCGGGUUGGAGAGAAGCCGCUGCUUACGCGUGUGUCGAUGUAUUUCUGCUGUUAUCUUUUUACAUCUCGCUUGUUGCGGCUCGUUGGGCGUUUUUUUUUAAGGGGAGGAGGGGGGGGGGGGGGGCAGUAGGGGGCCGGCCUGGGCGGGGUAGCCUCCAAGCCAGAAGAGUACCGAGCGAGCCCCAUCAUCACCCCCAAGAGACUUGGAAGAGAACAAAAUCGAGAGGGAGGGGCCAAAGGUCGCGUGGCAACCUGCCAUGGAUGGUAUGAAAACGGCAUCGACCGUCGCCGAUGGCUUCGUGUAUCGGCGUCCGUGUCACAACGCUUGGUGCCGAAUAUUUUGUGGUUUUCUAGUGGAAGGGAUCCAGGUGGCGGGGAGGGGAGGGGGGGUUCACACGAGAAGACCCCCCACGUUCUAUGAGAGAGACAUCUUUUAGCCUGCAAGAAGAAGGUAGCGUCAUUGAGCCUUCGUGUACGAGAUAGAAGUUUUGUUUGUUUUUUUGUCUGCUCCUUCGGGAUUGGUUUUUAGAGUCCGACCCCGUGUGGGCGGCGGCCGUCCUUUUUUUCCUCGUGGCAUUAUGGGGGCGCGAGGCGUUGGGGGGGGGGAGUGUAAUAUAUUCAGAGGUUUUGGCUUCAACAGCUCGCGUUGUUCGUGCUUGGGUGUCCCUUCACUUGCAAUCGCACACACCACGUAGCAGGCGGCAGCAAUGACGCAACGUGAUGCAGACACUAAUGUGUUACUACUGAGGAUGUUUCCUGCUGUGUCGCAGGAGCGCUUUUGUUUUCCCCGCCGCCGCGCCCGAAUCUGGCGAUGGUGACGUCUGCCUGCAAACGGCGGUGACGACGUCGGCGUUCCUCCUGCCAUAUCGGCGAGCCCACGGGAGUGCGGUGCAACAUCAUUCUGGAUCGGGGCCUUCCUCGCUGUGCGCACUCUUUUUUAUUUUGCUCUGUGGCUCGAAAGCGUCGUCGACUUUGACUGCCGAAAGACAACAACGCCUCAGAAAAGCACACCACACAAGAUCGUAAAAAGGGGCGGGG